GAUGCUCUGCCUUUCAGUAUAAGUUGCACAGCUUGCACAUACAUUUGAAAUGGCUCGUGAAGGUAUCCUAUUUGGCUAUGGCAACCCAUUGUUGGACAUCUCUGCCCCAUGUGAUGACGAAUUCCUCACUAAAUAUGACAUGAAGCCCAAUGAUGCCAUUUUGGCAGAAGACAAACAUAAACCCAUCUAUGCUGAGAUGGUAGAGAAAUACCAGGAUAAGGUAGAAUACAUUGCAGCAGGAGCUACACUGAAUGCUAUCAGAGUUGCACAGUGGUUGAUUGGAGUACCCCAAGCCACUACCUUCAUGGGCUGUAUUGGCAAGGACAAGUUUGGAGAAACACUCUCCAGUGCAGCUAAAGAGGCUGGUGUUAACGUGCAGUACCAGAUCCAUGAUACUGAACCUACAGGAACAUGUGCUGUAGUGAUCACAGACAAUGGCAAGAACAGGUCUCUGUGUGCCAAUCUGGCUGCUGCCAACUGUUUCACCAAAGACCACAUGGACAAACCAGACAAUGAGAAACUCAUAGAAGCUGCAGAAUACUACUAUAUAGCCGGUUUCCCCAUGACAGUAUGCCCCCCUGCUAUCAUGAAAGUGGCUGAGCACGCCUGCGCUAACAACAAGACAUUCAUGUUAAACCUCUCCGCACCAUUUAUCUGCCAGUUCUUCAAGGAACCGUUGAUGGCAGCCCUGCCUUAUGUUGAUGUUCUCUUUGGAAAUGAGACUGAAGCGGUUACUUUUGCCAAGGAACAAAACUUUGAGACUGAAGAUAUCAAAGAGAUAGCAUUAAAGACAGCAGCCCUCCCCAAGAACAACUCAAAGAGAAGCAGGAUGGUUGUGUUCACCCAAGGUUCAGAUGAAACCAUUGUUGCUCAAGAUGGUAAGAUUACCACCUUCCCAGUGUUAAAGCUAGAAGAAUCCCAACUGGUAGACACAAAUGGUGCUGGAGAUGCUUUUGUUGGAGGUUUCCUCGCCCAAAUUGUGCAAGGAAAACCAGUAGAAGAAUCUAUCCGGUGUGCAAACUAUGCAGCAAGUACCAUCAUACAGAGGUCUGGCUGCACUUAUCCAGAAAAACCAGACUUUCAGUAAAUAAUACCUCAGAAUGAAUUUCAAAACAUGAUUCAAUGCAGGGUGCACCUCAAAACUUUUAGAUCUACUUGUCAAAAUUAGGGAUUAGUUGUAAUGUUAUCUUCAUAUACAUGCUAGAAUUGUGUCAGCUCAUCCAUAGUAAAAAUUAUUUCAAUAGACUAAAGCUUAUAACCAUCUUCACAACUGUCAUCAUCAUAUGGUAUCCAACAAGAAAUUUCUUAAUAAAGCUAAGAAUCUGUGCAUUGAGGAGUUUCAUUUUCAUUGAAAUACAUUAAUACCUCAAAGUAGUGUUCCACUGAGGAGGUGUUCAACUUAAAGAGAUUGAGACAUAAAGCCAAUGGGCACCAGGAAAAAUGUUCUACUUAUGGAGGUGUUCUACUCGCAGAAGUGUUCCAAUUCACAGGUUUUGCUUUUAGUGUAUUCAGGUUACUGUAUAUAUUUGCAGUAUAUUGUAUAUAAUGGGGUUUAUAGUAAUAUUGUACAGUGGGUGAACAUAAACUGUAUAUGUUUGGAUGUAGAGAUCCAGUGUUAUCGAACAUGCUUUCUCAACUAUACUGUAUAGGUGAGCAUCUUUUAGUUUUCCAAUGUGGACAAAAAAUAUUCAAAUUGAAAAAAAACUUCCAAGAAUUGGUGAAAAUCCAGAUGAAUUGAGCACCAUGUCACUUUACUGUUCUGGAGGUCACCGAAUCAUAUAGAAAUUUUCGUAAUAUCAAGAUAUUGUUAUUAACAAUGGUAGAUGCUCUAGCUCUAUUGAAUACUAUUAUAGAUAAACAGAGAAUGAUGCUUAGCUACAUAGCUACACUGUGUUUAUUGAUUUUCAUGGUGUGUCCCUGGAGAAAGACAGAGAUUAACUUAGCAUUCAAUGUUAUUUGGGUUGUGCUAUACAAUUACCAUUACAAUUUACUUAAUAUGAAUGAAUAUUCUUUCAUUAUUACGAUCCCAGUGUUUUUAUGUAUACAUGAAUGUAAACAAAUAUUUUUAUAAUCACAAUAAAUCGCACAAUAUUGUGGUAUCUUUAUUAUUGAAACCUGAUGCUGUUAUGACAGAUGUAAAGGAGUCUUCUAUGACUGAUAAUGAUAUUAGAUUUGUUAAAUGACUGUAUGCUGGAAAUGCAUGGAUGGAAUAAUGUAAUUAGUGCAAUCUAAAUCUGUUGUGUAUUAAGAAGUCAUUGGGUGGAUGUAUUUGAUUGUGUUGUAUCUGCAAUAAUGGUAUAAAUAGAAAACAUGUAGCGUUAUGACAAAUUGAAUCAUACUUUGAUUGCCUUAAACAGUCUCACUUAUUCAAUCUAAAAUACAACAUAAGAGUUUCAAACCAUAUUACACUCUGAUUCCAAGUGACAGCUCCCCAGGGAAAAGUUCAUACUUUGGAAUUAGAGUCUACUCGGUAUGAAUCGUUGGUUUGUUUUUAUGAAAACUAAUGCAUCAAAACUGGAAUCGAUUGUGCAUUUCCACUUGUGUCGUCAUCUUGUCCUAUUAUUUGAUAUAUAUGAAUUUAUUUUGUUAUUAUAUUUUGUUUCACAAGAUUAAAUGCAGCUUUGCAUUAAGCAAUAAAUGAAGUGAAUCAUAUAAAAAUAUGUGUGAUGUUGGAUUGCAUUUCUGUGUUUUAUGUUUUUAAUAAAAUACAUCCAUCCUCGUCUAAUAUUACUAUCAUAUUUUGCUCCUUUGAGUACAAUAAAAA